UAUGCUUUUGCCAAUGUUAGUUGUCAAUGUGCAAGAUAAAGAAAAGGAAAAGAAAAAGUAAAGGAGAGCAGAACCUGCUUGACACUUGGCUGAUGCAGGAGAAGCUUGGUGGUGAUAUGGCAGCGGCAACUUGUUACACACGUUCCGCUGUUGCUGCUCGUUUCUCCAAUGUACAUAGUAGAAUAAUAAUAACAACAGUAAUUACAAUGAUGUUGUUGAGUUGGUGGCACCAGUAAACAAAAUAUUGUGCUAAAGAACGAAAAAAAAAAAAGAAAGGAAAAAACUAUUUAUACAACUAAACGAACAACAGCACCACAAGUUGCUGUUGAUUAGUGUGCGUGUAUAUAUAUAUAUAUAUAUAUUAUAUAUUUUUCUCUGUCGUGUGACCGUCGCAAAGUGCUAUUAAUAUUUCCAUCUACCUUUUUCCUCCUCUUUACAUCGUCAUGGGUAGUGGAAGGUGUUCUUUAUCGCCGACCAAUACGGCAAUAAUGGUCAUUUUUGUCCUACAGCUGCUCAGCACUGUUGAACGCUUGAUAUUUGAUUUCCUGGGUUAUAUGUGGGCACCAAUAAUGGGAAACUUUUUGCAAAUUAUCUGUGUGAUUAUUGGAAUAUUUGGUGUAUGUCAAUACAGACCUUGCCUUGUGGCUGUGUAUUCAAUAUGGAGUUUGCUAUGGAUAGGUUGGAAUAUUUUUGUCAUUUGUCUCUACUUAGAAAUUGGUAUAUUAAGCAGGACACGAGAAUUAUACAUUUUAAAUAUUGGAACGAAGAAUAAAAGCUGGUGGUUAGAACAUGGCAUUGGUUGUCAGGUGACAAAUAACACAUGGGAGAAAAAUUACCAUGGAGAAACCAGUAGACCAAUUCCACCUGAAGAAUUUGUAGAAGGGUGUCUUGUAGAAUAUUAUUAUGUUGAAUUCAUUCAUGCUGCUGUGCAGUGUUUGUUUUCAUUCUUUGGGUUUAUAAUUUCCUGCAUCACAAUCUACAUGUACACAGAAGAAGAUGAGAGCUUCGAUUUCAUUGGAGGAUUUGACUCGUAUACCUCCUAUCAGUCACAGGGCAAAGGCUCCCACAUGCAGCUGCAACCCUUGUACUCGACUUACUCUACCAGUGUGAAUGAUGAAAUGGAGUUUGUCAAGAUGCGUUAUAAGUCACCAGCUCGAAACAGUUUCAAAAGCAGUUACAAUUAUGGCAUAAACCAUGCAACCAGUUUUGAUAGCCUUGGUGCCGGUGGCUCACCUAGUGUGAUCAGCUCUGAACAGCCCCCUAGUUAUGACAACCACAUGUACGACUCUACUGCUGCUUGCUACAGCACUCCAGCUAGUGGUGUUGGAGUAAGUAGAUCCACUGCUGCUAAUAAUCCUCUCUAUGCAACUGUUGAUCGCCAGAGCUUACGCAACAAGGCCAGUCAACGGUCGAAAUCUUCAAAAAAGGACUCUAACAAGAGGAAAGACUUACCUUGGGUUCAUGUCAGCCCUUCGUCAAAUUACACAAAUCACCAGCUUACCAACUAUUAACAAUAACAUUAAAAACAAAAAGGAAGCUUGCAUUUUUAAAGAUAUUUAAAAAAAAAAUUACAAAAACUAACAAAAAUACUUUGUCUCUGAAACAAAAUGUUAGAGGCAGGGAAUAUGUGAAACAUUUUUUAAAUAUGGAAAGAAAAAUCUCCUAAGCGGUAUAUAAAUGUAUUUAAGAUAUACAUUUUUUUUAUACUCGAGGGCAUUUUUCUUAUUCUUUGCCUUGCAUAUUUAAAAUGAGAUGUGAAUAAGCAAUUGUCCAGUUAAUGUUUAAAUUGAUGCUAUAACCUUGUCCUCACAGCACAUCUGACAAACUUCUCACUCCAGCUGCCAUUAGAAUUCUGGCAAGACAGGAAGAAAUCAGUGGCUACCACAACUAACUACACUCCCAUUAACCUCUCAAAAAAUUAUAUAAGGAUCUAUUGAUCUUUGAUUUUGUCAUCUGCCAACCAUUGUUACAGACACAAUACAUAUACACCCAAAAAUACAUGUGCACAUUCCAACAAUACACAGACCAGCAAUUACAUACACACACACUUACAUACUCAUGUAUACAUACACAAUCACACACACAACUCUCACUUGUAUUAAACUGUACUGUAGAUUGCCUGAAUGCAAGACUGGUUGUGGACACAAGUUCAAAUCUUGAUAUAUAUAUAUAAAGUACAUGCACAUACAAAACUUUACUCCUUCUACCCACACCAAGUAACAAUACCACUGUACCCCUCCUAGUACCAAACACUUGAUUAUACACCUAUCUUACUAUCAAUCUCCCCACUUCCUCAACUACCACUUUAAUAAACAUACCAUCCACUGCUAGGGGCAAUAUGCAAUCAUACUCUAACUGCACUUUUCAUUUGAGACCCUUCACCAAUUCUUUACUAGUGUUUUGCCACUAUUUCUAACUCUUUAUGAAGCCUCAUAUGGAAUGGAAAAAAAAAAGGAGGGGAGGAGUAAAAAGUGAGAUGUGGAGUAAAAUGAUGCAUUUCCCCCUCAGUUAUAAAUGUGGCAUAC